AUGGCAACCUAUUCGCAGGCCCUUGCGGGUCGGUUCCAUGUCUUACUUCGACUAACUAUCAUCCGAGAUGGUAGGGAGGAUAGCUGCAGGCCGAGGGUCUGCUUCUACAUCAACAAGAAAAUCAAUCCAAAGGCAUGGUCGGUGCAGCAUUACUCGCGGGACGUCAGCACAUUAUCAGUCAAGACAGCACUCGGGGUCGCCCACAUACAUAACGUGUACGUCCAGAGUAAGGUAGGCAGCCCUGAAGAAAGGGAUCGUGCGACGGGGAUCGCACAGGCAGCCCUUACGGUGCUCCACAGAGCUAUGCAGCGUGGAAGAAGCGAUCACCAUAUAGUCGUGGGGGACUUUAACCUCCAUCACCCACUCUGGUCGAAACCCCGCCAGGCACAGAUGCGGGAUGACGACGCCAACGAACUAGUUAAUCUGAUGGGCGACUAUGGUCUGGAGUUGCUGACGGAGCGAGGCAUGACCACAGUCGACGGCGCUGUCUACGGCAGCGAAGUGCAAUCCACGCUGGACCUAACGUGGGCAUCUACGCCCCUCGCUGACCGCUGUGCCCGCUGCCAAGACCAGCCCCAAUGGCUAUUCAUCGCGGACCAUAUACCAGUGCUUACGGAGCUAGAUCUCUGA